AUGACCUCUAUAAACCACAAUAAUAACUUGUGCCUUGUCACCCUUCACUUCCCCUCUUCCACCGCUUGCCACUGCCCUGACCAUGUGCCGCCUAGGGAGCUUUACAAGAAAUUUGGUAAAAUUUUGAACCCUAAAAAUACCUCAAAUAACAACCCUACUAACAUCCUUAAUAACCUCUGCUCUGGCCUCGAAACUUUCCUCGGCUUCAACUCUGAGUCCAAAGGCUACGACGGCUCUGGGAUUGUGUACUCCGACCUGGACAGGCUGUGUGACGGGGUGAUGGGAUUUUUGUUUAGUAUAAUCACUGACGUAAAUAAGAACGAAAACCUCGAAAAAUACAAUAAUAAUCUGCCUGGCAUACUUAAAAAAAUUAAACUCGCUCAAUAUAAUAGAAAAGAGCAUUUUGAUAGUAGUAUUGUCGCGGUCAGUCGGGGGAUUAGGGAAUGGGUGAGCGGGGUGGAGGAUAGGCAUAGAAAGGUGGUGGAGCCGUUGAAUGAGUUACAAGAAUUACUCAGUAAGCACGUGUCGCUUAAAAUGGAAUACAAACCAAUAAAGGAGCAAUUGCAAAACUGGCAGACCUUUGCGGGGGACUACCUGGAUAAGGCCUUGAUGUCAGUUGAACUUCUAGAUGGCGUAGAUACUAAGCUACGUAAUACAAUAUCGUCUAAGAUCGACUUUGUUAAGCAGCUUGUUGACAACUUCUGGAAUUCAGUGAAUGAUGCGCGCUUGUGGAACUCCGUGGAAAAUUUAGGUAGUGAGUUUGAUAAAAAGCACGCCGAAGUGAAGACAUACAUUCAGACACAGAUACAGCGAGUGCAGAGCGCUUUGAAUCAGAAAUUUGAAUUGAUUCGCUUGAAGCUUGGCAGCCUAACACACCAAAGAACAAUGUAUUUGAAGAAGAUUGAAGAGGCGGUACAAAAUGCUCAGAAGUUGGCGGAUGAUCUGCUCAGUUCUGAAAUUAAUGGUUACGAUAGAGGCUGCAAAGAAAAGCUUUUGCUGCUGUUUAUUCAGAUUAGUGACUGUAUUAAUAGGUUUGUCGACAUCACCGAUAGCACUCCUCUGAUCAAGCAAUUUAGCGUUGUUCGCGAUAAGGUCAGCGGUAUUAAUGCCGCUGUGCAGGGGGAUUUGCAGCAGUUGAAGAAAGAGGUUAAUGAACUUGCCGCAGAUGUACAAGGAAACAAAGAUAGCGCUCUUGUUAAAGAUGCGUUGAAGGAUCUUGAAGAUGCCAGAAAAACGCUUGAUCUUACCACUGCGGAAAUUACUUCAGAGUCUAAGGCUCUGAAAAAGCAGUAUGAAGUAGGUGUAAAAAAUAUUUUUGAUAAACUUCCUAUCUCUUUCGCAGGCUUGAAAAAUGCCAUAUACGGUGAGGGAGGGUCAUCCAGCGAUCCUGCAGAAAGCUCUCUGGCCAAGUUUAUCACCGACUUAAUUGCAGCCAUAGGCGACGAAGAUAACGGAAAUCUAGUAAGAGCGGUCAAUACAUUUCACAACGAUGCGACACAACGGAUUAAGGAUGCAGCCAAUACAGCCAUCGAGGAAGCCGUAAAAAAAUUUAAGAUGAGUAGUAAUCGCAUUAAUGAGAUUGACGUGGCACAAGUGAUGACAAUGUAUAAUACAGCGGCAGAAACGCUAGAGGAGGCGGUGAAUCUAAUUAGCGGUGAGCUAAGUGCUCUAAAAGGAAUACCUACCGUUAUAGAACAAAACCGUGAAGCUGCUGAUGCGUAUAUGACUCAAUUGAAAACUAAGAUAGAAGGCAUUCAGGCAGCAGUAAAAGCCAUUUUACCGAAAGUCACCACUGCCAACGAGGCAUUGCAAUCCUCCAUAGAUGCCGCUGUACAAUUCCACCAAGACGCUCAAGACACUGCAAAUGGUGCUCUUGCGGUGCUGCACACAAAUUUACAGAAGUACGUUCAAAACGCUCUUAACGACCUAGAAGAGCAAACGCAGACGCUUUACUCGGAGCAGAAAAGAGUUGAUUUGACAUCUCUUAAUAAGUCUGUUACUGCACAAAUUUUGGAAAUUAUUGGUUUAAUUGACUCCGACUUCCACACCGGCCUCAAAGGUCUCAUGAACAAGCUGCACGGUACCUUCACUAUACAUAACCUCCAAAAAGUAUCCGAUUCAUCACUCGAAAUAUUCUCGAACAAAGCCAAAGAAUUCGUAACUAAAUUCUUCACCUCCCUCCAAUCCCAGUCCGACCUCUCCCCUGACCGUCUCACCCCCCUCACCCAGGCCCUCUCCUCCCUCCUGUCCACAAUGCACUCCCAACGCCACUUCGACGCCGCCGUCUCCCGCAAGCUCGCCGACCUCCAAGCGCAGCUCACCACCCUCGCCCCCUCCUCAUUCGCCGAGGCCUCCCCGCUGCUCAACGUCCUCAAGGCCGGCGUCCAGGCGUUCCACGGGGAGCUCGCGAAGCAGUACGUGAGCAGGUACUCGGGGCAAAUUUAUGCUGAUCAGUUGGUGAAACCAAAAACGUCAUCUGAAGCGAAAACAGUUAAAACCAUGCCAAAUCCUGCUGACAACACCGAAAUAACCGAGUACGGGAGGAAGUGCGCGAAGGUGUUCCUGACGGCACUCAGCAUUACUCACAACGCUUUGAAAGCUUUGAAGAAAUAUGGCAGCGUUAGAUGGAGAUCUCAACAGGUAAAUGACACAACCGAAUUUGGGAAAUUCUUCAUCAACCAUGGAUACCAUGUCGCUACAGGUGACAAACAACAAUGGGAGCUUCAGGAUAAGGUAACGAAGACAGGUUUCCAUAUCUACAAACUAGUGGUAAAGGACGACGAUGAACACGUAUACACGAAACAUGAUCAUGAUCAAGAUAAUGGCCCCCUGAAGCGGCUUCACGGCUGUCUCCAAACAUAUUACAGAGUCGGCCACGUAACUAGUGCAUCCGCCAAGAAGCGUCCAUCUAAUAUAUUCGAGAUACUGUGCUGGAUAUCUGGUCUGCCUUCAAAUAACGUGUAUGACGAUCUGCUACAUGACGCCGUUAGUGACUUAUUUGUGGAUCCUGCUAAGCAGGUCACAGUUGGUGACCUAGCCGCUGCAGUUGUCGGCGAUGAACCCGUACCGGCAUAUCCGCACUCAAUCGAAUUGGAACGCACUCAAGCAGCAGUGACGCGCUUAUGUUCGAAAUCCUACGACGUAUUAGCGACAAUACUCGGCUACGGAGACGCGUACACUAUGUACGCAGUCGACUUCGGCAAUAACGCACUUAAUUUCCACUAUCCCCCCAAAGCAGGAGAUUGUUUGCAAAUGCUGAUCGAUAUGCUGCGUAGAUUACUACCUCCACUGCGCUUCUUACAUAGCCAGUGUAAACUCGGUGCUGAAUUCCACGGCUGGUCAGAAUGCUUCUACGGAAAGGAUGUCAGAACAACCAAGUGGACAUGUACCGACCACUCGAGCGACGAAGUAACGUGCCAACCAAACUGCCAACCAAAAGGCAAAGCAAAUUGCCAACCAACUUCCCCCCUUCAGUCGUAUUUAUCCGAUUGUCUAGUCGGUCGUUUACCGCAUGAACUUAGCAGUAUUGGAUGUAAGUAUGACUGUCGCACGUGCUCUAAAUCUCAGCCUGGACAGCCGUGUCUGACGCCACUUGGCUUCAGAGCUUUCUCGGGAUCCGCAAAAACUGGUAAACACAUAUGCGAUGUGCUCGAUGAAUUUUUCAAUAACGAGAAACUGUUAGCGCUAUUCACCUUUUCUCCUCAACCGCCAGCCAGUCUGCCAGAACACUUCGGAUUUGCAUUGUCGCUUGCGGCAGGACUUAAUGCUUCUAAUGCGAACAAACACGAUGGAGUUAUUACAUUACAAGAUGCACUGGAAACAUCCGUUAAGGAAACAUCGAUGGACCUUUACAACGAAGCAUCAGCUUUUAUCACUGCUUUUCGUAAUGCAUAUCAUAGUACGCAUGGCGGUAAAGCUAUGAUGCAUCCAACAGCUACAAAUGCUGACUUGAAGAGUCUAUCAAUGCGCGACUCAUGUAUGGUUGCUGCGAAGGACAACGUCCACUGCGGCCCCUACCUAUCAUCUCUCUACUCUGAUGCAUACUAUUACCUCGCCCCAAAACAUUGCAACCUAUAUCUAUCAUGGGCUGUCUACUUACCUUGGACGCUAUAUCGAUAUCUUCAAGGCCUAUUUGAUUCUUUCUGCAAUAUAUCCUGCCAGGAUUGGGGGUGCCGUGGCUGUCUGCAAAACGAGAAAUGUAAGAAGGGUAAACACGGUGAAGACUACAAUUGUAAGUGCCGUGGAAUCGUCGAAUGUCGCGGUGUAAUGAGCGUAUUCCAUACUUACGGAUUUUCAUUUGGGGACGCAUCGAAACUAAUGUCCACGGAUGAGUGGAGAUAUUGCCGCAAUUUCCACGCUCAAUUCAAAAAUGUGCUAAAAUCUAAAUAUUUCCAAACACUCUUCGACAAAUGCGACGAAUUCAUCUUCAAGAUCCGCUCACCCUUCAUCUGGCUCAACGUCGCCCUUUGGUCGCUUUCCCUCCUCUACCUCCUCCACAUCAUGGUCAUCCGCCUCGACCUGCUCCACAUCAAAUCUCACUUGCACUCACCAUCAUCGCAUCGUAUCGCCGCGCAAUCACUACUUGCCGCCGCACGCGUUAACAAGUUUAACAGGGUGUUUUAUCUGCAACCAUAA